UGCGUUAAUAAGGCUAUUGUUGGGUGCUAGUUUGAUUUGGAUCCACUGCAAAAUGAAUUUGGUUGAUAUUUGGCAAAUCUAUGUGGAGUUUAUAGGAAGGGUUCUGAACACCAUGAUCAGGAACCGGAACGCAACCAUGAUAUCACUGCUUGCCAUUUUCUGCGCAGCAAGAUUGGGAUUGUUAGAUCCAAUGAUCGGAAGGGUUAGUGUUAUCAUCAAUCCUCUGAGGGAAGAAAGCUGUGCUGACACAUGGGGUGGAAAAGCAUCCUUUGACUUUGGAACAACUCCCUGUAAAAGUUCGGUGAGGCACCUUCUUGGACUCUGGCCAAUUUCAACUUCAGUUUCCAACGCUAACGUGGUCUUGAAGGACGACGAGGAAUCUGCUUGCUUUGAAGGCAGCAAAGGAACCUUUACAAUCCAGUUGAAGAAACCGAUUGUUUUCACGAAACUCGGUCUAAAAGCUCACCCAAGGGCAAAGGAAAGGAACCCUAGAGACGUGAUAAUUUAUGGAUCUAAAGACAAUGCUGAAUACAGGGCCAUGAUGGAGAUUCGAUUUGACGCUGGAAAAGGAAGUCAAAAUUUCUAUUACAAAGGGACAGACAACUCUCCUGUCAAGUACAUCAAGAUCAGCGUGGUAUCCAAUUUUGGAGCGGCUAAAACAACGCUGCAAAGGGCGUACGUUUAUGGCGUUGGCGCUGAAACGACAGCGCUCGCUGCUUCUUGAGAGUUAAGUUUGUUGUGCUUUCUUAAAUAGCCUGUUAAGUUGAAAGCAGUUUUGUGCUUGGUAUAAAGCGAUUCACUACAUAGAAUAAAGGAAA